AUGAUACUUUAAUUCAAAUGUGAAAGAUUACAUUAUAUUCUAAACACUCAUUAUGUAGUCAAUGUUUAUAAAGAUAAACUAACCAUAGGCAAGAAUGUAUAAAUUUAUUUUUACAUUUAAAAGAGUCAUCCAAAAUAUGAGUACAAAUUUACAUUAGAAAAUGUGUUACAUUGGUACAUAGAAGGGUUCAAAAUUCAAGCCUUUGGAAUCAAACACAACAAUCUUAUCAAAUUCUUCAAAGCCAAUCAUAAAGAUUUGGAUUAAUUAAGGAUUCUUAGUAGAGGUCUUAUCUAUUUCGAUAAUCUUGUAGAAUUCUAUAAACAAAUAGAUAUAGAUGAUUCUUCAAAAAUAUUGGAUCAAUUUUCUCAGGAAACAUAUACAUUGAAAUCCUUAAACGAUGUAUAGUUACAGAGAUAAGUUCCAUUUUUGAGAUCUUUGAAUCACCCAAAUAUUCUUAGAGUUAGAGAAUGCUUCUUAUAUAAUAACCAACCUUAUGUAGUCACAGAAUAUGUUAGUGGAACUAGUUUAUAGAAUUACUUGGCUAAAAAUCCAAAAUCCAGCCAUCUGCAAUGCUAAUCAAUUAUUAUUGUAAGUCUUAAAGUCUGACAUAAGCAACUCUUAAGGGCACUAAAAGUCUUACACGAGAAUCACAUUAUUCAUGCGACAAUCCAAGCUAAAUUUCUUCUAUUUAAAUCUGAUUUAAUCAAAAUUAUAGAAUUUUCUUAAGCAUUCUAAUCAGAAGAAAUCGAUUCUUAAGAUAUAAAAAACUGUGGAUCAAUUCUAUUCCAAUUGUACACAUAUAUUUUAAUAUAUAUAUUUAGAUAUACUAACAAACUUUAUAAUAAUUAUGAUUAGGCCACUGUACAGUCCAUACUUUAGGCAAAUUAAACACCAAAUCAGGCAUAAGAUUUAAUCUUGAAAAUGCUAUUUAAAUAAUAAUUUACUGUUUACUAAUCUUUAGAACAUCCCUACUUUUCAAAUACUUUGAAUCCUUAAGAAAAAAAAAGAAGAUUUUAGAAUUUUCAAAAAGCUCAAAGAUCAACUUCAGAAAUGGAUGAAUCAGAAGCUGUCUCUCAAUAUGUACCAGAAUUAUAAACUAAUAAAAGUAAAUCACUUAGACAACUAUUAUGA